AUGACUCUUGAUGAACUUCGUGGUUUUGGUAAGAAUUGUGCUACCUUUCUGACGACCAUUGUUCCUGAAGUUGCUCCUUUGGAAACAAAACGAAUCUCUAUCAAUGUUGUCGGACAACCAGCUGAAAUCGACUUGACUAUACUUCGACCAAAAGGAACUGAACAACAAGUGCUUCCUGUAGCUAUUUAUUUACAUGGUGGAGGCUGGUGUAUAGGAAGUCUUUUUGAAGCUCAAAAGUUUGUUAAAGAUGUUGUCGUCAAGGCACACGUUGCAGUGAUUCAUGUAGAAUAUAGUCUUAGCCCUGAAGUCAAGUAUCCUGUAGCUGUGGAAGAAUGUUAUUCGUCUAUUCUUUGGAUAUAUGAAAAUGCUGCGUCUCUCAAUGUUGAUCCAUCCAAACUUAUGAUUUUUGGUGACUCUGCAGGUGGGAAUAUGUCAACUGUUGCAACUAUUCUUUUGAAAGAACGCGGUUAUGGUCAUGUGAUCAAUCGACAAAUCUUACUUUAUCCAGCUGUGGCACGUUUUCGAAAUCAGUAUGACUCUUACCAUCAUUAUGGCAACGGCAACUAUACACUUUCUCAUGAUGAAAUAGCGUUUUUUGCUGCAAACUAUCAUGGUGAAAAUAGCAGAGUACAACUGGAAGGAGGAGACUGGACCUAUGGACCGGAAGAAGUCAGUAAUGCACCCAUUUUGGCCACUUUGGAACAACUCAAGGGAUUACCGCGAUGUUUAGUGGUGACAGCAGAAUGCGAUGUCUUGCGGGAUGAAGGUGAAGAAUAUGUACGACGACUCACUGAGGCUGGUGUAGACGCUUGUGCUGUGCGCAUCAUCGGAGCGACCCAUGGCUAUCUUACUUUGGCUAUUCCUGCAACCAUUCAGUAUACUCAAACUCUCAAUUUGGUUGUUGGAUUUAUGAUGGAAUGUAGUUAG